AUGAGCUUACAAGGUUGUUUUACCUUCUUUCUCCUCACAUUUGCAUAUGGGACAUGUGAAGAAGAUUUUAUUCACCAGCAGCCACUGGUAGUUGCUGAACUUGGAAGCAGUGUGACUUUACCCUGUUUUCACUCUGAUGACUAUGUAACUACUGUUUCAUGGUAUAAACAUUCAGCUGGCAAGAAACCUCUUCUUAUAGCAUAUUCAACUCACAACUCAGGAAGAAUUACAUAUCAAAAUGCCUUUAACAAUACUAAUCGAUUCUUUAUCACAAUUGCAAGUGGCUCUUAUAAUUUAACUAUCAACGACUUGGAAAAAGAGGAUUUUGCAACUUACUAUUGUGCUAAGUUUUUCCUGAACAUCAUGAUGUUUGGUGAAGGGACGAUUCUGCUACGUAAUGAAACAAACAUAAUUAUCACACCUGAAUCCUCGUUUUGGAGUCCAGUCGUUUUAAUCCUGAUUGUAAUAAGUGCAAUAUCCAUUAUUGUGAACAUACUUCUCAUGAUUUGCACAUAUUGCAAAGAAGAGCCUUCAGAACAAAUUAGAAGUCAAGUUAUUCAGGUUGAUGGAAAUGUCUUCAAUUAUGUUGCCUUGCAAAGCUCUUCAGUGACAGCUAGCCAAGACGAAACUAUCUGUGUUUAUUCACAGACCAGUAAGCACUUUAUGAGAUAA